CCUCUUGAUCAGAUGUGUUUUUCUUUCUCCAUAAUUACGGUACAGCUUCAAAUUUGGUUUUCAAAUCACUAACUCUACGUGACACGCACUGGUUUGGCAAAAAAACAAUAAGGACACGAACAUGACGUAAAUACAGUUGGUAGAGUGAAGCACGGCGUCAUGGCGGCUAAGAACCUUGAGAGUAGCAUGCAUGGCUUGUCCAUUGGUGAAGACCCAGCUCUUAUUGCCACAGCGACAGCUAAUCGUAUGGCAACUCAAUUCUUUGAGAAGUUUGAGCGUUUUGAGCUUCAAGAAACAAUCGCUCAGACGUCUUACCAUUGGUUUGUGUCGGCGGAGGAACAUAAGCUACAAGCUGAACCACCAUCUGGGGUUAUCAUGUCCAUGCAGCCAUUUGCAGAUAACAACUGUGUCCUACUACUGCCGUAUGAUUCAACUAUAGAGCCUUUAGACUAUCGUGAGAUUCAUCAAGUCUUAAGAGAACUUGUUGUCGGUAUUUACGGUCUAAAUCAAGUCCCUUCAUUGUCUCUUGAAGUAAACUUUGACCAAGCGACAACAUGUCAGUUACCUCCAGCGUACAUAGAUACGCAUCUCGGUCAGACACUUAUUAAUAUAGACUAUAUGAUGAAAGGAUUGUGGCAUGGAGUAUAUUUCCCACGGGAUAAACGGAUCAAGUUUAACGAGAGAUGGCGCUCAAGUCUGGAUGUGAAUGCAAUGGGAGAACCCCAGAGUAAGAAAGUCAUUCUGACUGAAUUCAUGAUGGCAGGUAUGAUGGACAUUACAAAAGAUCCCGACUUCAGUAGUAUUUACAACAACAUGCGUCUAUUCCCGAUGAGUGAGCACGACGCUAACGCAGAUAAACGUCUGUUCAUGCAGUACGUUGACGAUAUGAGCGUCCAACUCACAUGGAGACAAGAUUCCAUUCAGCAACAUCAGAACCUCUUCAUGAUAGACACGGCUUAUGAAGUCACUAGCGUUAUCCGACUUGGUGAAGAGAGAAUUGAUCAUGAUACAUUUGAGCGAUUACAGACAAGAUUACACGCUCAUGUUGAUGUGAUUCAGAGGAACCUAGGGAAGAAAGCAGAGACUCGUAGACAACUAGAGAUGGCUAAACUCAUCAGUUUCUUGAUUCCAUUCCUGAUUGGAAUGAGAAGAAGAAAUAAAGUUCCUGAUAUUAAGAGAUUGCUGCCACCGUUGACAGCUGACGAAUGUAAAACAGAACGAGAACUUCCUCCCUUGAUGCUCUCCCCAACAUUCCGCUGCCCUAACUUCAACUCCAGCAACAAAUACUUCCACCUUCACGGGGGUAUGACCUUUGACAUUGAGACUGACCCCUGUGUGAACCCACCCGAUGAGGUCAUUGAGAAAUAUGAGGAGAUUAAGUUGGAAGCGAUGGAUUAUCUUGCAAAGAUUACUGAUCCUAACCAACCGCUGCAUGAGAAUCUGCAUGUACCAGUCACAGAGAUUGCCGGCAAAAAGUAUUUCAUCUUGUCCAUGGAUUUUGAGACUUACUACCCAGUAUCGCCUCCUCAACCUCUCUGGGCCCACGCCUUUUAUGACAAGAUUGCAGAGUUGAAACCAAAGCGACUUCCAUUGACUGACAUCCAGAUGCAUGAACAAUGGAAGAAGAAAUAUGGCUAUCACCAAGCAAUUAAGUACAAGAAUCUUCAAUCUGGGCUGAAGAUGUCAUCCAUUCGAGGAAUGGUCUCCAUCUUGCAGACACUGGCUAGGAAGUGUCCCCCGUCUCGUCUUAGUAAACAAGAUGAGGAUGGCUACACAUGUAUGCACCAUGCUGCUAAAAACAAUCGCCCACUUGUCAUUGAGUUAUUGCUGAUACAGAGACAAGAUAUUGAUGUAAGGAGACAUCAUCUCACAAAUCCAAAUGCGAAUGAAAUCUGUGGAGGCACAACGCCGUUACACCUUGCAGCUCGUUGUGGUUCUUUGGAGGCUGCUUUGUGUCUAGUUUCAAACCGUGCUGGUAUGAUCCUUGCUGAUCCUGCUGGAUGGGCGGCUAUCCAUCACGCUGCGUUCUAUGAUCAUGCUCCCAUCGUCAGGAUGUUUGUCAGGAAAUUUAUUGACCAGAUGGAACUUGAGACCUGGGACAAAUUAAGACGGACUCCAUUGCUGUUAGCAGCAAGCAGUGGUGCAUUAGAAUCAGUGAAGAUAUUGAUAGAUCUUGGAGCUAAUAUCCGUAAGACUGAUACUGAGAAGAAUACCAUGAUACACUUAGCAGCGCUUCGAUUCCAUACUAAUGUCUUGGAGUACUUUAUUGAAUGGAAUCAUCGUGAUGUGCCGGUUUGGCAGACACUUAUUGGUAUGCUGAAAUCUCAAAGCUUCCAAUGUAAAGACAGCGCUGUAAGAUCUCUAGAAGUUCUUACAACAUCCAAUAAGCAAUACUGGAAACCCAUUCUUGAAGCAGAUGGAAUUCCAGCUCUUGUUGAGAUCUUGAAGAUGCAGAAACGUGAGAUGCAAUCUCUAGGAGCAGCAGUCAUCUGUAACCUUUCUCAAAGUCCAGAGAUCCGAGAUGCUGUCGCUAAAUCUGGUGCCAUUCCUACCGUUAUUAAACUACUGAGCUCUAAAGAACAUGAUAUCCAAUCGAGAGCAGCAAUCAUUCUAGCUGAUCUAGGAACCGUUGAUGAGAAUCGUAGCAUGAUCAGCGAUGAGGGCGGCAUACCGCCGCUGAUUCAACUAAUGGAGUCACAGCUUGAGGAUGUUCUAGUUGAGGUAGUGAAUGCUGUCAGAGUGCUAUGCCUUGGUCAUCAUGUCAAUCAAACAUUAGUAGCGCAGCAUGGAGGAGUUGAACCACUGGUAGAGUUCUUGCAAGUCAAAUCGGAUGUUUUAAGAGCAGCAAGUUCAGCCGCCCUUGCUGCUCUGACCAGUAACCACACUGCGAAUCAAGACUUGGUGGUAGAACGGAACGCGGUACAACCAUUAGUCUCACUGAUUAGAGGUCGUAAUAUCUCCGUCCAGACUAAAGCUGCAGCAGCGUUGGAAUCACUAGCAGAGAACAACCCAAAGUGCCAGGCUGCUAUCUUGGAUCUACAUGCGCCUAGUGCACUCAUACGUCUCCUUAAGAUAUGGGCUCUGGAUGUGAAGGAGCAAGCUGCCUGUGGUCUAUGGGCUCUAGCAGGACAUACCAGACCACAACAGAAGAUGAUUGCUGAGUUUAUUGGAAUCAGCGGAAUAAUUGAUCUUAUUGUCAAGUCAGAAAAGCUUCAGUAUGUUGGUUGUAUGGCAAUGAUAGCGCUAACGAGAGCCAGCUCUGAUAAUCAGAAUCGUAUUGAGAAGGAGAAUGGCAUCCUCCCAGUUGUAAGAAUCCUCCGUUCUAGCAAGACAUCAGAGAGGGUCUUACAUACUGUCAUCAAGGCACUGGGAACGCUAUGUGUUGGUGUGGCCAACGUUAACAAUCCAAUCACUCAGAGAAAGAUUGCCGAAGAGUACACAAUCUCAACCCUAGUUAGCAUCUUCAGAUCUACUAGUAAUGAAUACAUCCAAGUAGAGAUUGCUAACACCUUGGCGUGUAUCAUUCUGGGAAACAAAGACAAUCAGGAACUACUCAAGCAAGAGCCACAGUUUGAGAUGCAGUUACUACUCAACUUACUACAUUCCAAGAAGAAGGAUGUUGAGCUGCAAGCUGGGAAUGCUCUGGCAACCUUUGCCUUCAAUAACACCACACAGCAGCUUGCUAUACGAGAAGCAGGAGGUCUUAAGAUGACAAUAUUUCAAGAUUUCUUAGACUCUGAAGAUGAGGAGUACCAGGCCCAUGGUGCUUUCCAGAUUGUUGUUCUUGCUCGAGUCAUCUUAGAUCGAGAUCAAGUUUCACUGUCAGCUGAAGGUGUAACGACCCUUGUACGAUUGCUACGAUCUGGUGAUGACAAUACUGUCAUACUAGCAGGUACUUUGAUGGCCAGCUUAGCGCAUACCCGUGCUGGUAUAACGGAUGCAAUGAUUACAUGUGGGUCGGUUGAGAUACUUACCAAUCAUCUAUUCUCCCAGAAUGCUGAGGUGCGAGCUGCUGCUGCCGUUGCCCUUGGUUACCUCACGUUCAAUCGCAAGGCUACACGAUUGCUCCUUGUGUCUACACGCAACACGCCUGGCUUAUAUCAACGCCUUAUGGACAACCUGGAUAAAGAUGGGAAAAUGUCACAUGACUUUACUGAUGAAUUCAGACGAGCACAAGUUGUUGGAUUACCAGCAUUGAGUUUGGAGAUUCAUGGAGGACCCCCCGCUGUUCCACCACCAAGACCAAGAGGAUUACCUCGACCUAGAACCACAAUGGGCUUCAGCAGUCGUCGUCCUGCGACUGAGCAACAGAAAAAGCGCCCUCAGGGUCCACCAAGUCGUGCCGUUUCUGCCCCAGCCAGGAGUUUGAAAUCCAGAGCAACUGAUAUUUCUAAUGAUGAGAUUGAAGGCGUUAGAAGCAUUAAGAAACGAGAUGUAGGGCCUGGAGGAGACAACAGGAGAAUCUUACUAAGAAAACCUACUGAUGAUGGCAAGAUUGCUUGGUCUUAAACAGUAGCUAGCUGUGUCCAGAUAAACAAGGUGCUUGAAUAUGGGAAUUUAGGCAUUGCAUGGUGAGGUAUCAAUGUAUACUUGGUUUAGGCAUUGCAUG